GCGGGCGGGAGGCCUUUUCGUGGUUUGCUGUGCAGAUCGGCGUGGCGUGAGAGAUGCAGAGGUAAUAUGAUGAGAUGUUUGAUUGUGAGUUUUGAGAAAAUUUUGAUGAGGGAUUUGGGUCAUGGUGGCUGGGGCGAGUGAGAGAGAGAGGCGACUUGCGCGAACAUGCUCUGUAUUCUUCAUGCGCGACUUUCGACUGGAACGCGAUGCCAAAAGCUCUCACCGUGGUGACUGCGUUGAUGCUCGAACGUGAUGGAACACAGCCCCGAGCAGGGCGGGCGGGGCCAUGGUCCAAGCGCCAUGCAUCAGGCGCAGGGUAACGACUAGCUUCCCCGCAACUACUCGUCGUCGAACAUAUAAACACUCGGUGCCUUCGACAAAGCUAAAUCAUGAAUUCUAUCCACACUCACGAUUCCAAACGAAACACCAUCAUAGCAGAAUCAAUCGCCUCUUCUACGCGACCCAUCCUUCAUAACAACCCAAGCAACACAGCAACUAUGAGCGAUAUCAACGGCAAGGCACCCGUCAAUGGCUCUGGACCAGCUCGCCUCAAUGAACCGCUCGUCAAAGUCCAACCACCUCGUCGUGAGGACUUGCAGCCCUCAUAUGCAAAGGUCAUCGAAGCAGAUGAUGCUGAUGCGGACACGCACGGCUGGUAUGGUGGAAUGAUCAACACACUGGGAGGCAUAAUCGGUACUCUCGGGGCCAUUCCAUGCUGUGUCGUCUGCCCCAACCCCUACAAGCCCGUGAACCAGGGCAAUGUCGGUCUGGUCACCAAGUUCGGCCGCUUUGCGCGCGCCGUCGACCCAGGUCUCGUCUACAUCAACCCGCUCUCCGAGCAGCUGGUGCAGGUCGACGUUAAGAUCCAGAUCGUCGAGGUGCCCAAGCAAGUCUGCAUGACCAAGGACAACGUCUCAUUGCAGCUCAACUCGGUCAUCUACUACCGCAUCACUUCGCCACACAAGGCGGCGUUCAGCAUCAGUAACGUCCGUCAAGCACUUGUUGAGCGUACGCAGACGACGCUCCGCCACGUUGUUGGCGCAAGAGUCCUUCAAGACGUCAUCGAGCGCCGUGAGGAGAUUGCCGCAUCAAUCCGCGAGAUUGUCGAGGAGACUGCUCUUGGCUGGGGUGUCGAGGUCGAGUCCAUGCUCGUCAAGGACCUCAUUUUCAGCCAGGAGUUGCAAGAUUCACUCUCCAUGGCCGCCCAGUCCAAGCGAACCGGUGAAGCAAAGAUCAUCGCCGCCCGCGCAGAGGUUGAAUCAGCGCGCUUGAUGAGGGCCGCGGCGGAUGUCCUCGCGUCUGGCCCUGCAAUGCAGAUCAGAUAUCUUGAGGCGAUGCAGGCGAUGGCCAAAUCCGGCAACUCGAAGAUCAUUUUCAUGCCAGGGCCAGCCACUUCAGGCAAUCUUGAUCUAGCUAGGGCAGUGGUCGAGGAGGGAUCGUCUACGCAACAUGUUGAUCCGAUCCAACAAGCAGUCAACACGCGUGUCCUUGAGGAGAUGUAAUGUCCAGUUCUCUUGCCAAAAAUCUGGUCCUCAAGGCAGCGGUAGCAUAGGCGUACAGCGCGAUUCUACGCCAGCGCAGAUCCUGGAGCACACAUGAUGAGGAGGAUGACGACAAUACCCGGGGUCCUAACGUUUGCCUUGCUCUUAUAUUUCCUUUUCCUGUAUUCCUAUCUUUUUUUUCCUUACAUGAUGAAUGAUUCCGUGCCUUCUUUUGGGCACAAGAUUGGAUGGAACACAUACGGUUUAUUGCUCUCGGCUUGGAUUUGCUUUUCCUCGAUACCCUAC